CGUUGGGAAGUGUGCUUGUCGGAACUGGUGGCCGCUCUCAGGUUUCCCUUUGCUUCAGAAAAUAUUCGGGCACCGCGAAAUUUCCAGACAGCUGAUUCCCGGGUGACAAUCAGGGCAUCUAGGGUUCCAUCGGCAAGUUAGGCUCAAGCGCCUCGACGAUGCGCGCAGAUUCAACGUUCAUUGUCGAUCCGAAGAACCUUCGGGACACGAGUACGGUUUCCACUCUCCAUAUCCGAAUCCGAUGCGCAUGAGGCGAGAUGUACUCGUAUAUACGUGUGACAGAGGAGUUGACAGUUUGAUAAACUGAAAACGGAGACUUGGCAUAUUCAUAAUCUACGAUGAGUGAUUACAAGAUGCCGAUAAUCGAGCCGACUAUAGACUAUACAAAGGUACCGCCAAUCAACCAAAAACGAACGGUCUCUUUCAUAAAUCACUUUAUUACUCAUACCGUUACGUUUUUGAAUAAGUUUGCCCUGUGCUGCGAGGAGAGACUGUUUGAGUUUGAAAAUAAGUUGCAAAAGUUAGAAGCGUCGUUAGAGAUACUAGAAUCGCGGUUAUCUUCUAUACCUGGUUUAGAGCAAGAACAUUGUAAAGAAUCAAAUAAUGUUAACAAAAAUGAUACAAGUAAAUUAGAGGAAGUAGAAGUACGCAAUGUGGAUGAGCCUGAUAACAGUGAAGUAGAUUCUAAAGACGAAGAAACAAAAGUACAGUCCGCAGCUAAAGAUCCUCGCUAUGAAAAGUACUUGAAAAUGUUACACGUUGGUGUACCAAAACAAGCGGUAAAAUUAAAGAUGGAGCAAGAAGGAUUGGACACAUCUGUAUUGGACAAUCCACAUCAGAUAGUUUCUAUACCACGGUUGUCGGACAAUGAAAAUUAAGAUGAAUAAGUGUUGAGGCUGUUAGCGCUGUUUGUUUUAGGCAUGUUGGAUAUUUUUUCAUGUUAUAAAAUAUAAAUCAUUCAAAUAAAGAUGUGUACAAAUCCCUGUA